AUGGCGUUUGUUGACGAAAAGAUUCAAGAAUAUUUCUUCAACGGAUACGAUAAUAAAGAAAUCAUAUUCCUUCUUUGGAGUAAUUAUGGUGUGAAAAUAAGGGAUAACAUGUGUUUAUUGAGAAUAAUCGAUCCUGAUGGAGUUGAUCUAAGAGCAAGUCACUGCUUGACAAGAAGAAUGUAUCUAAGCAAUGGACCAAAUUAUCUUGCACAUGUUGAUGGGUACGACAAGUUGAAGCCAUUUGGCUUCGCUAUACAUGGUGCAAUGUGUGGAUUUUCAAGACGAAUACUAUGGCUUAAAGUUGCAAGAACAGACAAUGACUCCUUUGUUGUAGCAUCAUAUUUCUUGAAAUACCUGGAGGAAAUAAAUAGUGCUCCAAGGUGUGUGAUACUUGAUGCUGGAACUGAGAAUAUAUACAUUGAGGACAUUCAAAAAUCCUUCCGUUGGUACGAUAAUGAUGACAUGUGUGGAGAAAAGAGUGUAAUCAAAGGAAGAUCAAUGUCUAACCAGAGAAUUGAACGCUGGUGGAGAGCACUGAGAGAGAUGGGCAUCUCCUUCUGGAUACACUUGUUCAAAAACAUGGAAGACCAAGGGAUGUUCUCAUCAGCAAAUAACGAGCACAUGUAA